AGCAACAUGUUGCUUCGCGCCAAACUGCCAUUGCUAAUCCGUUGAUCUGUACAAAUGUGGCUGAGCCCGCAGUAGUACGCGACACAGCACGCGACCUUUGUCUGCACUGCGACGCCGCCGUCGCACUUUGUUUCAACUCGAGUCGCGUUUCUGGCCUCGUCUGACAAGACAUCGCCAUUCUACAGUGCUGGCUGCGCAACGAACGCAUCGGGGAGGUAGAGCCUUUCCCGCUGUCGCAGCGGUCAUCCUAAAUCCCGACUUUUCCGAAAUUCAACUUCCAUCAUGUCGACCUCUUUAGCGAUGUCCAACGUCGACGAUCCAUUCGACCACAACUCCCUAUCCUCUCCAGGACCACAAUCUAUCGACUUCUCGCUCGAGCUCGAGCAUCAGCUGGAAAGCGAAUCGGUGCCGAACUCGCCUGCGCACGAUGUCCGUCCCCAAUCGCUGGACACGCACGUCCUGGCGUCCAUCGUCACGCAGCUCCGCAUGUCUCUCGAGGAAGUGACGAAGGAGCGCGACAGCCUGUUUGAGCAGCUUUCAGAGGCACACGUCCGCGAGGAGAACACGAAGGAAGCGCUGCAGAGCGUUACGGACAAAUGCGUCAAGGCGGAAUCGGAUCUCACCGCAGCCAGGAACCAGCACGAGCAAGACCAGGAGGCCAUUUCCAUGCUCCGUCAGAAGCUUGAAGAAAGCAGGCGGGCUAUUAUGCGCAUGCAGACGGAGAGCCGGCGCAUGAGCCAAGUAUCGAACCUUACUUUGGACCUGAAUCGUGCGGGUUCCUCGGUUAUGAACGGCCCUCCCUCUUCUCGCCGCGCAUCUUCCUUCCAACCACUAACUGGGACGCCCGCGGGCCGUAUAGGCCAUCGACGGAUCUCUUCACUCUCUGAUCCGGGGCUCGCAGGCUGCGACGAGCAGGGCCAGUGGCUGUACUCUCCACCGCCCCCCUCGCAGACCGCCACCUCCCCAUCUGUGGGCGGGCACAAUAGACGGAUAUCUGGCAUGUUCAACUGGGGCAGCGCGAGCGCAAACGCUUCGCCGCCCUCGCCUAUCCCCGACACGCCCAUCUACACUUCUGCGGAAGCCGAAACGCUGCGUAAGGAGCUGAUGGCGGUGAAGGAGCAGCUGGAGGAGACGAAGCAUGAACUGAGCGAGGCUCACGAGGCGAAUGAGGCGAAUGAAGCGUGCGUGCGUGCUCUGAGGACGUUCAUCUCGGAGAACAGUGUUGGUGAGCAGAAUGUUCGGGGCAAUGGGAGACCGCAGCCACCAGCUUCUGCUCCUCCAUCCGGUUCAGGCGGCACAUCACGAUGGGGAUUCAAGCUGUGGGGAUCGACUGAUGCAUCUGCGACCAGCACACCAGUUGCUACUGCUCCGCCUCCGAUAUCAACUGCUGCAUCUGCGCCCUCACCAGUUGCAAGGAAGCUUGGUGGUCUGUUCAGCCCGCGAUCAAGUAUCUCGUCGACGGCCGCGGUGCGCCCACCAUCAGCUGCUGCCCCUCCCGAACCGACGUCCGCUGGUUCGGACACGUCCUCCGUGGCUGAAUCUGCCGCCGAGCCUCUUAGUCCCGUCUCCUCAAUUCCUCGUGCCAGUGUGCUCAUACAUGACGACGGCAUGUCUUUCGACGCAAGCUUGUCUGAAAACAGCAAGGCGAUCGACUUGACGGCAUAAUAACUGGUCCCUGACUUGGGUUUGUCUUGUUGAUAGGAAACGAUACGAGCAGAAG